GCGAAACAAAAUGGCGGAAUCGCUAGCUAAGCUACAAAAACUCAUCGAAAGCAAUUUUAUAAGAGAAUUAUCGGCCAAAAAGAAAGUGGAAUUGACCGAAGCGAAAUUCAAACUCGACAACGAACUGAGGCUAAUCAACGCGGCGUUGAAUUCGAGGCAAAAGGAGUACGACAUCAUCCGAAACGCAACUGCAAAGUUGCGCUGCGAAGUCCCGGUGUGGCAAGAAAAAGCGAAAAAUUCCAAAAUUCUUUUGGAAACUUCGGUGCGCCAGGUGUUCGAAGAACACGAAAGGACCCGAUGCAUACAAUCGGAUUUGUGGGAAAACAUCAACGAUUGGGUGAGCGCGAGCAACCAGCGCCUCCAUCAGAAGGACGAGUCCGACGAGCACCCUGCAAACAAGGAGAUCGGGGCCUCCAAGGCGGCUGCGAGGAUGCUCGAAAGACGCUCGGAGAGGAUCCUACAGGCGAGACUCCAGGGUGAAGCGGAGGCUUUGCGCGCCUUCGAGAAGCACCAAACGGCGAAAAUCCAGGAAAUCGAUCAGAUUACCAGCAUCGGAAGUUUGGAGGAUUCCGAAAAUUUCGAAGAACUACCCGAAUAUCUAGAUGAUAGUUCGAACUAUGAUUAAAACUUUGUAAAUGUAA